CCAAGAAGUCCUGCCUGCUGUUAGAAAGAUGAGACACGAAGUCUGUGUUUGCUCACACAGGCUUUGGAGAGGACCUUGAGCACACAGCCAGGGGCCAGAUGCAGAAACACACAGCCAAACCAGAAAGAGCCAAACAACAGAGGCAGGUGUCCAGAAACCCAGUUCUCCUCGCAACAGGGGAGGGGAGCGUGUUCAAUGCACAAAACAAAAGAAGUGAGAUGGCAGGAUCGGUGGAAGUGCAAGAGGACUGCCAGCUGAAGGUGGACCUGCCAAUUGAUCAGCUUGAAGCCAAGAUAGUCGACGAGCAGUGUGAGGAUAGGACUUGUUCUGCGAGUCUUUGCAAGGCCUCCCUUUAUGUUUCAGAUGACUUCUUUCUGCAGAAGUCUUUGUUUGCAGGUCCCAGGAAGGAUGAGACUAAAGAGAGGGAGGUGUCUUCCAGCUGUGACACAAUACGGUCACUGGUGUCCCGGUUUGUCAAGGAAAAGUGAAACCCUGACAUUCCUUGUUUUAUUCUGCAUUAUAUUCAUUCAAAAGAUGAUGCCACCACCUCUCUCCACCCUGACCUUGUCUUUACUCACCCCUCCACCACCAAUUACACACAG